AUGAAUCCUAAUCCCACGCGUAAAAUGAAAGAACCAGCCUUGGACGCCUUGGCCACAGCCUCGGCCAAGGUCGUUCCCGCACAAGAGGAAGGAAUUGGCACCGAUUUGCCAAGUGAACCGCCACCGCGUGCCACAGGACGGUGCGUGCACGGUGCGAUUCGAGGUCUCCAUUGCCCCCAUCAUCGGUCUCAGUCGUAUUCGUACUCCGUCCUCGGUGUAUUGAAUGGAUAUGGAGAGGUGCAACAUUAG